AUGGCACUGCGCCUCUCCGAACUCGGUACAACUUUCCAGAACAAUCUGCUGGAUUCAACGAAGGCCUUCGAAUUGGUUCUCACAGAAGUGAAGGAUGUGGAAGGGCUCCCCGCUAGCGCUCUGGCGGCAGCGGCGCAGUCCUACAAUCAAGCACACAGUGGCAAAUCCGAGAAAGAGGAAGACGCCCCUGCCGAGGCCACUCCAGAGUCCGGUCCUUGGCGACUGACGCUGGACAUGCCUUCCUACCUUCCCGCCAUGAAGCACCUGAAGUCCUCCGAGCUGCGUGAGAAGCUUUACCGUGCUUUCAUCUCGCGCGCUUCUUCCGACAAGACGGACAACGGGCCUCUUAUCACCGAGAUCUUGCAGCUGCGGAAGAAAGCCUCGGCCAUGCUCGGCUUCGAGAACUACGCUUCCGAAUCCCUGGCCUCGAAGAUGGCUCCGAACAUCGAAGCGGUGAGCAAGCUGACGGAGGACUUGUUCGCGGUGGCGCGGCCCGCUGCCGAGAAGGAGCUCGACGAGCUGCAGGAAUUCGCCAAUGCGAAAGGUUACGCUGGCAAGUUGCAGCUCUGGGAUGUCACCUUCUGGACGGAGCGUCUGAAAGAGGAGAAGUAUGCCUAUGAUGAAGAGGCCUUGAGACCGUACUUCUCACUUCCGAAAGUGCUAGAAGGCAUGUUUGGCAUUGCCUCAAAGCUCUUUGCGGUAGACAUCGUUCAAGACAAUGAUGCGGCAGAGCGAUGGCAUCCUGAUGUCAUGUUCUUCAAGGUGCAAGAUGCAAGCACAGGCAACCACAUUGCUUCGUUUUUCCUGGAUCCCUAUGCACGCCCGGGGGAGAAACGCGGAGGUGCCUGGAUGGACGACUGCCUGGGCCGCUCCAAGGCUGUGGGGACAAAGCCAGUUGCAUACCUGACCUGCAAUGGCUCCCCGCCAGUGGGUUCAAAGCCAUCUCUGAUGACGUUCUCCGAGGCUGAGACCCUGUUCCAUGAGUUUGGCCACGGCCUCCAGCACAUGCUGACUCAUGUGGAGGAUGGUGACUGCGCUGGCAUCAACAACGUGGAGUGGGAUGCGGUGGAGCUUCCCUCGCAAUUCAUGGAGAAUUGGCUCUACCACAAGCCAACCGUGGAUUCGUUCGCGGUGCACUAUGAAACCGGGGAACCGCUUCCUGCAGACGUCUUUGAGAAGAUCAAAGGCAGCCGUAUCUUCAUGGCCGCCUCCAUGAUGCUUCGGCAGCUGCAGUUCGGGGAUCUGGACAUGAAGCUUCAUUCUGAGUACGAUCCAGACGGAACGGAAACCUUCCUGGAUGUGCAGAGGCGAUUGGCUGCUAAGUACCAGAUCCUGCCGCCACUAGAGGAAGAUCGGUUCUUGUGCUCCUUUAGCCACAUCUUUGCUGGUGGCUAUGCCGCCGGAUACUACUCGUACAAAUGGGCCGAGGUUCUGUCUGCCGAUGCUUUUGCUGCUUUUGAGGAGGCCGGCCUGGAUGACGAGGAGGCCCUGCGCUCCGUGGGACGCCGCUUUCGAGAGACGGUGCUGGGCUGCGGCGGUGGCAGACAUCCCAGCAAGGUCUACCGUGAUUUCCGCGGCAAGGAUGCGACCGUCGACGCUUUGUUGCGCCACAACGGUCUACUCUGA